GUGGAUGUGUAUCAAACGUUCGUUUCACGUGGCGUAAGUCGUAAAUGAAAAAUGCGAAACGCCACCCCCUGCGGGUUUAAAACGGAUAAUUGUGCGGUGCGAAUGCAAUCUAAUUGAUUGAACCAUCGGUGUUAUUGGUUUCGUAAUGGGUCCGGGAAACUCAAUUCGUUGCAUCGCCUUUUAAUUAGAAUACGAGAGUUCGAGUUCUCGUCACAAACAAUCGGUAACUCGAGAGCGCGUGUUUGGUUUGUUUGCAUUGACAAGGGGUGACUUUACUUCGAAUGACAACGGGCUAUUUUUGAACAAAAACUCGGAAUUAUCGAAAUGGAUUUGAGCGUGAAUAGCAGAAUGUCGGAGUAUUAUGAGAGGUUUAUCGAAUUGCAAGAAAAGUUGAGGAAAAGCGAAGAAGAGCGCAUGAAACUUGAAUUAAAGUUCAAUGAGAUGAUGCACAAAUCCAGAGAAGAGGAACAAGUCCAUUACAAAAGAUUGAGGUCGCAAUACAAAAAAUUUUUGGACGAAGAUAGAAAGCGGCAGGAGCGAAACGAGAAAAUCGUAAGGACAUUGGAGCGCAUAGAAACGCGCAUAGACGCUCUGACGACAAAAACCCAGCGAUUCAAGAGCCUGCGAAGGGAAUACCACGACUAUUUGCAUCGAGUGAACAACCGACAACCGAGCACCGAUAUCCAGUUCGAUUUGCCCUCGAAAGAAAAGCCUUUUCCCGACGACGAAGCGCUUCGGACGGACGGAAGGAAUUUGAACGAUGAGAAGUUGGAGAUUCUCGACAGGUAUCUGGAGAGCAUAUCGUCGCAACGGUGCAAGGAACUCGUCGAGAAGAGGAGAUCCGAGAACGAGCAAUUGGAAAAAUUGGAAAUUCUCAAAGACAAGCUGAACGAUGGCUUCGAUUCGGGCAAAGCACAAUCGAUCGCCGAAGAUAUCAUGAAUUCGAUUUAUAAUCGGCACUACAAAAAGGACGCGUUCGAUGAGCUUAAAUUAAAAUACCCUUAUGUAUCCAAAAAUCUACCGGAUAAUGUUAACUCUAACGAGGAGAAAGGUAAAGUGGAAGAAAACAUCUCAAAGUUUAAUGACGAUCUGGUAUUACACGAUGCACAAUUCGACAAUAAAAUAGAAGAGAAACGUACGUAUGUUGAGGAUACCCACGAAAUAGGCCUCGUAUCUAAUGAUAAUACAAACGAGAAUGAAAUCGAUGCUAACGAAAAAUCGGAAAAAAUUGAUAAUUCCAAUAGUAACGAUAAUAAAGAAUCCAUUAGUGCUAUUACAACCGAAACAGACGAAUUCGUUGAAAUCAGAAAAAUAAACCAGGGCGAUGGGACAAUUCCAAGUAAUAAACAUUACGAAGAUGAUGAAAUUCCAGAGAAACAGGACAUAUCUAAUCACUCAGAUACUAUAAAGGUAGAAGAGAAACUGAUCGAUAAUUCAACGAAAUCAAUCAAUAACGAAGAAUUAGAUAUCCAAAAGCAGCCCGAUGAACAAUUGAUUAACAGCCCCGAAACAAACGAUUCACGAAUCGCAGAAGAAACUAACGAACAAGAACAAAAUCAGUAUAAUGAUGACAAUCCCGAUGAAUUAGGACAGUUUGUUCAGUAUAACGAGCAAGGUGAAGCAGUUCAAUACGACGAUAACGGACAAGUUAUUCCAGCCAAUAAACCAAUCCAAUACGAAGAUAAUGCUCGAAUCCAUUAUGAUCAAUACGAUCAACCGAUCCAAUACGACCAGAAUGGUCAAGGAUAUGAUCAAAAUGGCCAGCCCAUUCAGUAUGAUGAAAAUAAUCAGGCAAUUCAAUACGAUCAGAAUGGUCAAACAAUUCAAUAUGAUGAAAAUGGUCAACCAAUUCAAUAUGAUGAAAACGGUCAACCAAUUCAAUAUGAUGAAAAUGGCCAGGCAAUUCAAUAUGAUGAAAAUGGUCAAACAAUUCAAUAUGAUGAAAAUGGUCAGGUAAUUCAGUAUGAUGAAAAUGGUCAACUAAUCCAUACCGACAAGCCUAUAUCAUACGAUGAAACAGAUCAAAUUCAGUAUGAUGAGAACGGCCAAUCAAUUCAAUAUGAUCAGAAUGGGCAACCAAUCCAGUACGAUCAGAAUGGUCAACCAAUCCAAUAUGACCAGAAUGGUCAACCAAUCCAAUAUGACCAGAAUGGUCAACCAAUCCAAUAUGAUCAGAAUGGUCAACCAAUCCAAUAUGACCAGAAUGGUCAACCAAUCCAGUAUGAUCAGAAUGGUCAACCAAUCCAGUAUGACCAGAAUGGUCAAUCGAUUCAAUAUGAUGAGAACGGUCAGCCAAUUCAGUACGACGAGAAUGGUCAGUUGAUUCAGUACGAUUACACUGGUCAACAAAUACAAUACGAUCAAGAUGGACAGCCGAUUCAGUACGAUGAAAAUGGACAGCCCUUGCAAUACCAACAGUACAAUGAGACGGAGCAACCUGUACAGGAUUAUUCCAACGAAAGCAAGCAAAGCGCCGGCGCAGAAAUCGAACAUUUUGGAGAGGAAGUAUUGCCUGUUACCACUGAAGAACCGUUUGAUAAAAACGCAGACGAUGCCGAGAAACAACCUGAGAGAGUUAACAAAAUACUCGAUAUGCUGGACACCGAUACGGAAAGUUUGCAACAGAAUGUCAGCAAGGUUUCUAACGACAGUGAUUUUACUGUCAGUUCCUAAAAUAGUUAAUUUUUGCUUCUAUGGAAUUUAACAUUUACAACACUAAUAAUUCUGUGGAUAGUUGCAAUAACUUAA